CUUUCUCUGUCUCUCUCUGUUAUACAAGCCGGUUAUGUAACCGGAGCUGCGCACUGCCCCCGGUUGGCAGUUCAUGGUGUGACCGGGACUCGGAUGAGGACAGCAGCAGCAGCAGCAGCAGCAGCAGGAGGACCUGGACCCGGACCUGGACCUGAACUUGGACCUAGACCCGGACCCAUCACCGUUAACCGUUCACCGACAUGGCUCCGGUGAAGCUCGACACCUCCUCUCCAGAUGAUAUGAAGCUUGCUGACAAUGUCCAGGCCAAAGAAUGCGUGAGCUCGGUACUGAAGGGCCUGGAGACGAUCGAACCUCUGGUCCGCUCUGUAGAAGAGACGCCUGAGCCGAUCUGCACUGAGGUACGAGGCACCAUCCCAUCCUGGAUCAAUGGAAACCUGCUCCGCAACGGCCCGGGGAAGUUUGAGUUUGGAAACACACACUUCAACCACUGGUUUGACGGCAUGGCGAUGCUCCACCAGUUCAAGAUCCACAAAGGUCAGGUGACCUACAUGAGCCGCUUCCUCCAAAGUGACGCCUACAGGACCAACAGCGAGCGGGACCGCAUCGUGAUGUCGGAGUUCGGGACCCUCGCCAUGCCCGACCCCUGUAAAAACUUCUUCCAGCGCUUCCUGUCUCGCUUUGAGAUGAUACAGCCCACGGACAACGCCAGCGUGAGCUUUGUGAAGUACAAAGGUGAUUACUACGUCAGCACGGAGACCAACUUCAUGCACAAAGUCAAUCCAGAGAACCUCCACACGUUAGAGAAGGUAGACUGGAGCAAGUUCAUCGCCGUAAACGGAGCCACUGCCCACCCGCACUACGACCCUGAUGGUACCACUUAUAACAUGGGGAACUCGUAUGGAAGCAAAGGAGCUCUGUACAACAUCAUCAGAGUUCCUCCUGAGAAGACUGAAGCCACAGACACCCUGCAUGGAGCCCAGGUACUCUGCUCCAUUGUGCCUACGGACAAGUCCCAUCCAUCCUACUACCACAGCUUUGCCAUGUCUGAGAACUACGUGGUGUUCAUCGAGCAGCCAAUCAAGAUGGACCUGCUGAAGAUCGUCACAUGUAAGCUGAGGGGGAAGGCUCUGAGCGAGGGCAUCUACUGGGACCCCAAGCAGGAAACCAUCUUCCAUCUCAUCGACAAGCGUACAGGCGAGCCCAGCUCGGUGAAGUACCACACCAAAGCCAUCUCCACCUUCCAUCAGAUCAAUGCCUUCGAGGAGGAUGGCUUCUUGAUGCUCGACAUGUGCUGCGCAGACGAUGGCCAAGCCAUCAACAACUACCUCAUCCAGAACCUGCGCAAGUCGGGUGACGCUUUAGACGAGGUGUACAACACCUUGUGUCGGGUUUUCCCCCGACGUUUCGUUCUGCCCCUUCACGUGACGAGUGAAACCCCGACAGGCCAGAACCUGAACACUCGGCUCUCCAGUCAGGCGACAUGUGUCCACGUCAGCCAGGACAAGGUGUUCUGCCAACACGAGGAUCUCCAUGGAGACGACCUCCACGAGUAUGGUGGCCUGGAGUUCCCUCAAAUCAACUAUAACAGAUGUAACACGCGGCCGUACCGUUAUUUCUACGGAUGUGGCUUCAGACACCUGGUGGGAGAUUCUCUGCUCAAGAUGGACCUGGAGGACAAGACGCUCAAGGUCUGGUACCUGAAGGGUUUCUUCCCGUCAGAGCCCGUGUUUGUGGCGUCACCUGACGCCGUGGAGGAGGACGAUGGCGUCGUCCUGUCUGUGGUCCUCACGCCUUCACAGGAUAAAGGAACGUUCCUCCUGGUUUUGGACGCCCGGACGUUUGACGAGCUCGGCAGAGCGAACGUGCCCGUGAACAUCCCGUACGGCUUCCACGGUGCCUUCAAGGCCUCCACGUGAACCUGAAGUGUUUCUGAAUAUUAAAUAACCACUUUAGUCCUCAUGGUACUGACUCAGCUGAUGACAGAGGCUGAUUGUUACAUUUUAUAUUAUUAUAUUAAUAUUAAACAGUGACGGCAUUAAGACACUUUUAUUAUAUACUUAUUAAUUAUAUUCUUUUAGCUUUAAUCUAACUACUCAGGAGCCGUGUACGAUGCUCCAACACAAAGUGCCAAAUGAACAUUUGACUUUUUUUACUCUUUUUAUGUGUCGCUCUUUUUCACUCUGUUCCUGAUUAAAUUUUUACCUGCGUGAAAACGUCGUGUGUCAAAUAAUAAAUAAAUAAUUAUUUAUGCCACAUCAA